AUGCGACUAGUCAGAUUGGAAGGCGGUCCGUCCCAAUGGAACGAUGUCAAAGAUGCAGCCGACAUCCUAUGGCGCUCAACUCUCAACGCAGACAUCAACGCCAUAACCGCCGCAUUGCGCGGCCACUACCAAAACCCGCAACUCACUAUCUCAGAACUCUACACCGGCUUCAACGCUAGCCGAAGAGCCGUCGUAGUCUACAACACUGACAAAAUCACCAUCGCAUUUCUCGGCUCGGAGCUUAAAGAAAUCUACAUGAACACAUGGACCGAUGGCAAGGGAUGGUUAGGAAUUCCGUAUCCCGUGUUCGAAAAUGGUAAUCGUAUACAUAGCUUCUAUCGCGACAUGUGGCAUGCGAUGCGACAGGCAACGUUCGAUGCGCUUGAUCGUGCAGUGGGAGAUAUGGCUGCGCGCGGCGCAACGCCCAAGCAGAUUGUUGUCGCGGGGUUUUCGAUGGGGGGCGGGAUUAGCAUCAUGGCGUUUACAGAUAUCCUUGAGAGGAUCCGGCACACGUGGGGUGACCAGUCUGGCUCGCCGCAGUCGUGGGCUCGGGACGAAGUGCUCAGGGAGUUGGUGCAGCACAUCACCUUUGCGGCUGUUGCGGCGGGGGAUCAGGGAUACUAUACCCUUUUGAAUGACUUGUACGACAGAUACCAGAUUCGUGCGUGGGAUUUCAUGAAUCACUGCGAUUGGACGGUCAAUUUCCAUCAUGGGGCAUUUCGGUCUUGGAGGGGGUAUCGCUAUGUUUUGCCUGAUGCGAUGGUGAGGCAGUUUGGCGGUGAUUUUGGUGGGAAUGGACAUGGGAUUUUGGGGUAUCUCAAGGUGGCAGAGUGGAUGGCUGGGGGCAGGGAUGGUCAGGUGCAUUCGGAGUAUAGUUAUUAA